GCCUCCUGCUCUGAAUUCUCCUACCGAGGUCAAUGUGGAAUCUCCGUAGGAGAUACGUUUGUCACAUCUAUCUAUAGCAACAGCUGCUAUCUAUAGCAGUUACCGCUAAAAGACGGAGCUGUCAUCAUAAUACGAGGAAUUGUUUGCUUUUUCCUAUUUAGCUGCUUCAGCUACUUUAGCUGUGAUGCUAUUCACAUCCAGCUGAACUGUUAGUCUGCGAUGCCUCAGGCAUCAACUAUCGUAUCUUUCUUCUAUAACUACGGUCCUUACGGCCCUCAGUUAGCUAGAAAUCAAGAGCUUCUACACACAUCUCAAUGCACCCUUCCUAUCAGAUGCAACAACGUUAACGGGACACCCGAGGGUUCUGGUCUAGAGACAAGCGUUGUUCGCACUAACUAGUUGAUAAAAAGAGUAUUCAUAUGCACUGCACUGCGGGUUAUCUGCCUUGCACCAUUCCUAGGAAGCAAGACUGGUACAUAAUCGAAAUCCUCUCGUCAGCGGAUGCGUGCUGUUUCGUGACCGCAACGGCCGCGGCCCCGUCGAUGAUGAAUUCCUGGGAGCUGGCGCCGUCGCUGGACGGCUUCCCCCCGCCAGACGCCUCGACGCUCCGCUCGACGUUCCGCAUGGAGAGCAUGUCGAUGUCGUCGUGGUGGUCGCUGACGGCUUUCUGCGUUGCUGAGUGGUGCAGUUUCCUGGACCUCGCCGUUGUCGUCGAGUGGUGUACCGCCGCAGCGCCGCGACUUUGCGAUCCCGUGCCGCCGACAAUGUUGUGGCUUCCCGUGCUGCUCUCAUGGGCGAAGACGAGGCGCGAGGCGAGGAUGUCUAUGCUGUUUGAUUGGGGGGUCAAUAGGGUGGUAAUUCUUGGUGUUGGUGUUUCCAAAGAAAAAAGAAGAAAAAAAGGGCCCGGAGGGGGGGAAUAAAACUUACAACAUUACGAUGGGAAACAGACACUCCAGCGUGUACGCAAACCGAUCCAGCUGGCGGAUCUCGGUGCUG